GACCAGUGAAGAGAUUCAGUGGAAGGCAAUCUAAGGAAUCUGACGCAUCUGCUGUAGUCUCUUCAGAAAAGCUUACUUUGGCCAAGCCGCUCUGCUGUUCUGUUUUAGGACCACUUGAAUUUCUCUACAGCUUAGCCCUCGGAAGUCAUAGUGUCGCCGGAUUCGCCAGUAUGAGCAAAUUUGACACCAACCCGUUCGAUGAGGGAGGCGAGAGCAGCAGCAACGCCGCUCCUGUUCCGAAGUCGGGACUUGGUUCUUUCUUCGACAAGGCUGGAGCGGCUGUUUCAUCCAUGGCGGCGUCCUUUGACAGCGUCGCCUUGACGCCAAAGGACAUCGUGGAGAAGGAGACGCAGCUGGCAGCGAGAGAACAAGAGCUCAAGCGAAGAGAGGAGGAGAUCACUCAACGCGAAGCAUCGCUGGGCAUUCAGCGCAACAACUUCCCGCCGUUCUUCCCCAUCAUCCAGCACGACAUCCCCACGGACAUCCCCGCGCACGUGCAGUACCUGCAAUACCCCGCCUUCCUCUCCUGGCUCGGCAUCAUGCUGUGCCUGGUGUUCAACUUCGUCGCCGUGCUCGUGUCUUGGAUCCUCGGCGCUGUCAGCUCCACCUCGGGCCUGGGCAAUUUCUUCCUGGCCAUCAUCUACGGCGUGCUGGGCAUCCCCCUCUCGUACAUCCUCUGGUACCGCCGCCUCUACAACUCUCUCAAAAAGGACAGUGCGCUGGGCUUUGGAAUUUUCUUCCUUGGGUUCCUGAUCCACUGUGGCUUCUGCAUCUUCGCGUCUGUGGCGCCGCCCAUCUUCUUCAGCGGCAUGGCCCUCACUGGAGUGCUCUCCACCAUCACUCUCUUCGGUGAUGGCUCCAUCACUACUGGGAUUUUCUUCGCGGUUGGUACAGCCCUGUUCAUUGGGGAGACCUGUCUCUCCAUAUACACCCUCGGACUGGUGUACGCAUACUUCCGGGGGGAGGGCAAGAGUACUCAGAUGCGGAGGGAAGCAGCAAUGGCUUCAGCGGGUAUAGGCAACACCAGCGUGUAAAAGCAGGCAACAUCCGUUCCAUAUCCAGUCUGGAGCACUGGCUGCUGCGCUGAGUGUGAAUCUGCAGCAUGUGGCAUAGAUACUUACAUUACAGUUUGAAGGAUGUAGGGAAGGUAGCAAGCUAUACUUAACUGGCAUUCAAGGUUGAUUUGAGACCAAAACAUGCAAGAGGGACA